AUGGCCCUAAAGGUGGAAGCUAAAGGUGGAAAUGGAGGGAAUGAGUGGGAUGAUGGAUUCGAUUACGAGAAUAUAACAAAGAUACAUGUACGAGGUGGUCUUGAAGGCAUUCAGUUCAUCAAGUUUGAGUAUGGCAAGGCUGGAAAGACAAUUGUUGGACCAGUUCAUGGUGUCUCUGGUCGUGGUUUGACACAAACGUUUGAGAUUAACAAUUCAGACAAGGAAUAUCUGUUAUCGUUNGAGGGUUACUAUGACAAAUCCACGGGUGUUAUUCAAUCAAUCCAAUUCAAAACUAACAAGAAGACUUCUGAUAUGAUGGGGUUCAAUGACGGUACUUAUUUUUCACUAGGAACUGCCAGAAGAAGAAUCAUUGGGUUUCAUGGAUUCUCUGACAAGAAUCUCAACUCUCUUGGAGCAUAUUUCAUUAGGAUUCCUUCAACCAAAUCGGCAAUGGAAGGUAGUCAAGCUACAGGCGUAGGUUAUGAUCAUGGUGAUAACUAUGAUGGCAUAAGAAAAGUGUACAUUAUAUAUGAUGGCACUUCAAUAAGGAAUAUGAGGGUGGACUAUGACAUCGCCGGUCAAGUGGAAUGCUAUCAGUACGGGGACAAGAUUUGA